GGCCGUCGUGAUCUCCUCCAUGAUGAGUGCAAGCUCUCAAAACCAAGGUUAGGUUUCUCCCUCCGUUAUCUGUCCCGCUCAAUCUUUCUUCCUGCCCGACCUAUUUUACCCGUUGCUCAGCUUCAUAACCCCCUACCCCACCCAUGGGACUGCUCUAUCUCGGAACACCUCUCCAAUGGGAGGAAGCACGUCAAUACGCAGAUCAUGUUCGCCAGCAUGGCAUCAACCAGUUUCUCCAUAUCUGGGACGAGGUACGGAAUCGGCACGGUGACGAACUUUUGUGGGGAGAUGAGCUCGAAUAUAUGGUCGUCGUACUGGAUAAGGAAGAAAAGAAUGCAAAGCUUUCACUACGCCAGACAGAAAUUCUUGCAAAACUGAGCAAGGUCGUGAGUGACCUAACGGACGAUGGCACUGACAGCCCGCCGAUCGCGACCUUCCACCCAGAGUAUGGUCGAUACAUGCUCGAGUCUACUCCCGGGGCACCUUACACAGGAUCUAUCCCUGACCUGCUAUCAGUAGAAUCCAACAUGCACUAUAGACGCUUGCUUGCCCGAAAACAUCUUAAAGAGAACGAGAUACCCAUUACCUUUACCUCCUUUCCAAGACUUGGAGCUCCUGGUGUCUUUACUGAGCCAUACUACAGUCCCGAUGAUGCAAAGUCUAGUCACAGCCUUUUCCUCCCGGAGGAGAUCACCAAUCCUCAUGCGCGAUUUCCCACUCUGACUGCGAAUAUCAGGACCAGACGUGGUUCCAAAGUAGCUAUUAAUCUACCGAUUUUUGUUGAUGAGAAGACACCUCGGCCGUUCGUAGAUCCGACAAUUCCAUGGCAGAGAGAUAUUUACCCCGAAGAUAAAGAGGCAAAAAACGGUGCUGCUUUGGUUGAUCAUAUCUAUCUGGAUGCCAUGGGCUUCGGGAUGGGCUGCUGCUGCCUCCAGCUAACGUUUCAGUCCUGUAACGUCGAAGAAGCGAGACGCAUGUACGAUGCUUUGAUCCCCAUUGGGCCAAUCAUGCUUGCCUUGACUGCCGCUAGUCCAGCUUGGCGAGGAUACCUUGCUGACGUUGAUUGUCGGUGGAACGUCAUUGCGGGCAGUGUGGACGAUCGCACCCCAGAAGAACGCGGAUUGAAGCCUCUUGAGGCCAACAGGUUCAGGAUCCCCAAGUCUCGCUACGACAGCGUUGACUUGUACUUGUCCAACGAAUGGAUAAACAAGCCCGAAUACAACGACACGGAUGUACCCUAUGACGCUCAUAUCUAUAGUCGGCUUGCAGACCAUGGCAUUGACGACCGGCUUGCAAAACACAUCUCACACCUGUUUAUUCGUGACCCACUCGUCGUCUUCUCUGAAACAAUAAACCAAGACGACAAGACCAGCAAUGACCAUUUCGAGAACAUUCAAUCCACGAAUUGGCAAACUCUCCGGUUUAAACCUCCACCGCCUGGCUCACCCAUUGGCUGGCGCGUUGAGUUUCGGAGUAUGGAGGUUCAGAUGACGGACUUCGAGAAUGCGGCCUUUUCGGUGUUCAUAGUGCUCCUUUCUCGAGCCAUUCUCAGUUUUAAUCUCAACUUCUAUAUUCCUAUUUCUAAGGUCGACGACAACAUGGCACGGGCGCAGAAGAGAAACGCAGCUCGCGAGGGUUCCUUCUACUUCCGCAGAAACGUUUUGCCUCCGGGCCACACGUCACCAACGCCCAGUGGUAGUAGCUGUUCUUCUUCUGGUAGUUCUUCUCCAGUUGAAGAGACAAAUGGUGUGAAACCUAUCAAGGAGAAGAAGCUUCGUAACUGUUUUGCAUCUUUGCCAAAGCCAUCAUGGCUCGAAGAUAAGCUUCCGGAAGAGGAGUACGAAGAAAUGACUGUUAACGAGAUAAUCAACGGCAAGGGCGAGUACCCAGGAUUGAUCAGUCUAGUGAAGUCAUACCUCGAGACAUUGGAUAUUGACGCUGCCGACCGGGUUCGAAUUGACCAAUACGUUGACCUAGUCCGGCGAAGAGCCAAUGGCUCUUUACAAACGCCAGCGACGUGGAUACGGAACUUCAUCCGGGCUCACCCGGAUUACAAGUCUGAUUCAGUUGUCUCCCAAGAGAUCAACUACGACCUGAUGAUAGCUGUUGAUCAGCUGGAGCGUGGCAUUUUGCGAGCACCUGAGCUACUUCCAGAAGACUAUUCGCCUGAAGUACCGAAAUGGCGUGGUGUUAAUGGGCAUUGAUCUUGUUGACGUCGUAUUGUUGAGACAGGUAAUUUAUCGCAUAUAGGGUCUUAGAGCAUGGGAUGAGACCGGGACACUGUUAUAUAAUGUUAUAUAGAAUGUAUCUUUGUCACUUUUGCUAUUGAUCCG